AUGGGCUGCGGGCAGUCGAGCUUUGUGCCGCCGGUGGCCUCGCGGGCGGCAUGGCAAAGCUUCUUCCGGCUCGACGGGCUGCCGCUGUCCUUGACGGUCGAGCCGGUUCAGAAGGGCCUGCGCCUUCGUAUCGUAGGCGUGGAUUCUGUGGAUGAGCUGCCUUUGCUCGAGGCGGCCUUAGCCAAGCGAGAGAUGCUGAUCAAGUCGGGCACCCUGAUCAAGAUCGGGUGCCAUGUGGACCAAAGCUUCGAGCUCAUACCCUUGCUGCGCAACCAACUCAGGAAGCAAAAGCUGAAGCAGGAUAUCGAGGUGACCUCUUGCACCGUGGCCGACGUCCUGAAUGCGGUGCCCCAGGCCGGAGCCGCGCUGCCCGCGGUUUCGCAGGUCCUGAAGCUUACGGUGGAUUGCCCCGCGCGGGGCGGGGAGCGCACAGCGGUCAUGGGCAUGAUGCGCAAGCUGAAGUACAAGCUUGUCGCAGGCACAUUGACCACAGACUCCGCCAACGGCAUCUGCGACGCCUUUUACAUCACCCCGGAUUUGGAGCUGAAGGGCUCUGCGAAAGCAGAGGACCUCCUGGCAGCCGAGUUCAGGUUGGCGGUCUUCUCCCAAUUGCAGAAGAACUGCUCUGCGAUGAGCCAGAUGUCCAAGAAUUCCAUGGCCAUUCCCGCUGGCCAGACCGUCAUGGAGCACAUCAGCAGCAAGGCGAAGCAGCAAGGCACCUUGCAGGAUCUGCCGAUUGCGCUGCGUGACUUGCAGAGGGACCUGGAAUAUCAGCUGCGUGGUCCAAUGACAUCUGGCCUGUUGAUCGAUGGCUUCUGCAAAUACGUUGGCAUCGGUUUGGCGCAGAGGAGCCUUCAGGAAAUGCUGGGUUUCAAGCGGGAAGAGGGCGCCGCGCCCUCUUUGGUCCUAGAGAUCCGCACUUGCUUCGUCUCUGAAAAGGUUGCACAGAGCGCAGGCCAACUCGCGGAGUUCUCGCACCUCUUGCACGAUGCCAUCGUUGGCACACAGGAGUUUGCAAACUUCGUUUCGUGGCUCGACAUCCCGAGCCGCACAUGGACCAUCGACCGAGUCUAUUUGAACGGGGUCCUCCCGGCAGGCAAGCGAUAUGGCGCUAGAGCCAUCGCGGAGCAUUUGCUGGAGCCGCCCUUACUCUUCUUUCAGGGUCGUUCAAAGGCGCAGAUUGGUAGUUUCUUGGAUUCCAUGCCGGAUCUGGAGAAGUUAGUUGUCAGUGACAUCGUGAACUGGAAUACCUACUUGCUGAUGGCUGUUGUGGGCACUUCGGAGGCAGAGACCAACAAAAAGGUAGGAGACGUCUUGGGCUUUGCUCUUGACACAGAGCUGAAUGCUGCUGGUUUAAGCAGGAAGAUGCUCUAUAACGGCUCAGUCUUGGAAGUAUUCCAACAAACGGCCUUAGGAAAGAUGGCGUCAGCUGCAUUAUCGAUUUGGAAUGAGAAGCUGAACAGAGCCAUCAAAAUGAAGUCUGCGGAAGUGGUUUACGGGGCUGGCGACGAGGAGAUUUUUGGCCAGCGCAGGCCACGAAUGUCUGUCAUAGUGCAACUUGUGGAGGAGAAUGCUGAGCUGAGGGCGAAAGGCAGACUAGGCAUUGAAGCUGUGCCCAAGGGCCUUGAGAUGGAGGAGACCUCUCUGCUGGAAGGUAUGGGAGCCUUCCUGGAGGGCGUCUGGGGCAGGGGCCACUCCAAAGUGCACACCCCUGCUGGUACCAACGCGCCGCACUACUUCGCAGGUUUGUCCAGCGCCAUGACCUGCUUGCUGCACGAGCUCCAGGUCGAACGAGGCCUUUCCUGCCGUGCCAUGGCGGCGGUUGGCAAAGCCAUGACCACCGCCCUGGAUCGGCUGAAGAGCCAACGAAGCAGCACUGACAAGGUUUUUGCGCAGCUUUCGGACCUGGUGCGACUGGCUUUGGGCCUCAUGGAGAGAGGCGUCAUCGAAAAUAAGCACAAGGAGACAUUUUCUCGUGGCAUCAAGAGAUCUCCGUGGGCAUCGUCUUGCAAAGAGGCUUGGUGA